AAAAUUACCCCUUGGGUAAAACUUCUCAUAGAAAAAUAGAAAGUCGACAUUCUUCACCUGUAACUGCAAAACAAUUCCUUCCCCGUCGUGAACGGUGGCGUUUUAUUUUUCCGGUGAUGAAGAUCGUAACAUACAACGUAAACGGACUCAGGCAACGCAUUUCUCAAUUCGGCUCUCUUCUCAACUUGCUUAAUUCUUUCGACGCCGACAUCAUUUGUUUUCAGGAGACUAAAUUGAGAAGACAAGAACUGACAUCAGAUUUAGCCAUAGCUGACGGUUACGAGUCCUUUUUUUCUUGCACUCGUACUGUUGAGAAAGGCCGCACUGGUUAUUCCGGCGUGGCUACGUUCUGCCGAGCAAAGUCUGCGUUUUCGAGUUCUGAAGUGGCAUUGCCCGUUGGAGCUGAGGAAGGCUUCACCGGUCUCCUGUAUAGUUCUAGAAACGGUAAACAUGAUUUGCCAAUUGUGGUUCAAGGCCUCGAGGAGUUUGAUAAAGACGAGCUUCUUAAGAUUGAUAACGAGGGUCGGUGUGUAAUCACUGAUCAUGGUCAUUUUGUUCUUUUCAAUCUAUAUGGGCCUCGAGCAGUGAGUGAUGAUGCCGAAAGGAUACAGUUUAAGCUUAUGUUCUUUAAGAUAUUGCAGAAAAGAUGGGAGAGUCUUAUUCACCAGGGAAGGAGGAUAUGUGUUGUUGGUGAUCUCAACAUUGCUCCUACUGCUAUGGAUCGCUGCGAUGCUGGUCCAGAUUUUGAGAUGAAUGAGUUUAGAAGAUGGUUUAGAUCCAUGUUAGUGGAGUCUGGAGGUUCCUUUUUUGAUGUUUUCAGAUCAAAACAUCCUGACAGAAGAGAUGCCUACACAUGUUGGCCAUCAAAUACAGGUGCUGAACAAUUUAACUAUGGGACUAGAAUUGACCAUAUUCUUUGUGCUGGGUCAUGCUUGCAUCAAGAUAAUGAUUUGCCAAAUCAUGAUUUUGUAACUUGUCAUGUUAAGGAGACCGACAUAUUGACAGAUUAUAAGCGCUGGAAACCUGGAGAUACAGUGAGGUGGAAGGGAGGUUGGGGCAUCAAAUUGGAAGGUUCUGAUCACGCUCCAGUUUUUAUGAGUUUGGUCGAAAUCCCAGAUAUCCUCCAACAUGACACUCCAUCUUUAUCCUCUAGAUAUCUUCCCAUGAUUCAUGGUUUCCAGCAGACUCUUGUUUCUGUUUUAAAGAAAAGACAAGCUGCUAUGCAAGUUCAAUCAUAUGGGUUAUCAAGUUCAUUGUCAGAUGGCGGUGUUGCUAUAGAGAAAUGCACUGAAAGCAUGAAAAGAUCAUACAGUAACUGUACUAUAUCUAGUCCAUCUGCAAUUAAUUCAUGUUAUUUGAAUGAAGAUUCUGAUGGCACUAUUUUGGGAACAGAAGAGUCUUCGAAAGAUUUAUCUGGCGAAACUUGUCAGGGCGCAACUAUUAUGUCCCAAAGCAGGCAUAAUAAUUCAAAGUCUGCUGAGAAAACCAAGAAGAAAGCAAGAAAAAGCCAAUCGUCUCAGCUUUCUAUAAAAUCAUUUUUCCAAAGAGGUCCGAACCUUAGCAAUGGUGAUAAGAUCACUUCUGUUUCUUUUUCACACUGUCAUGAAGAUAUACCAAACUCUAUUGAUCCUCCGACUAAGACGGCUUCACAGGAUGAGCAGUGCAGCAGCAGCUCCGGAUACGAUUCAUUGAACUUGAGCACAGGCGAUAAGGAUCAGGACAAGGUCAAUGACAGUCCUUCAGGAAAAGAGAAAAAUAAUACAGCUUUACACGAGUGGCAAAGAAUACAGCAACUCAUGCAAAAUAGUAUACCUCUUUGCAAGGGCCACAAGGAACCUUGCGUUUCGCGGAUAGUGAAAAAACCGGGUCCUACUUUUGGACGCAGAUUUUUUGUCUGCGCUCGAGCUGAGGGGCCUGCAUCUAAUCCUGAAGCAAGCUGUAACUACUUUAAAUGGGCUUCAUCAAAAUCGCAGCCUAAAUGAUGACUGAUGAUCAUUUUUGCGCUUAUGAUAUAGAUUUAGACUUGAAAGCAGUCAUCAAGCUCUUGGAAAGAAGCGCAGACACCACUUCAACACGAGUAGGAUUUUUCACGCCGGAAGCUAUUACUUUCUCUUUAAGAUUAGAAAUGGCAGAUCCAUCAAAAACAAAUCUUGUCGCAUUCAUUUUCUCAACUUUGAUAAAAUUUCUCAAUAUAGCUGUAAAAGUUGCAUCUGCGGGGAAAUCUUCAAAUUUUGGAAAGAUAGACGGGCCAUCAAAACUUGGCAUCAUUCUCUUAUCAUCUCCAUCACAAGCCAUGGCUCCCCAAGCUUUUAGAAACGAAGCUAAAGCACAACCGUCCAUGACCAAGUGUAGAACAUUGAUUCCGAUGGUGAAGCCGCCGCAUGCAAAGACAGUUUCCUGAAUCAUGGUAACAUAAGAACCUGAAGUUGGUGCAUGAAAUAUAGAUUUAUUUGGUAAGAAUUGAUACAAUGAUGUAAUAUCAGGGUGUUUGAGAAAUUCCGACACCGAAAUAUCUGCCCUAGCCUCUAAAUAUAGAACCCCUUCGUCAUUACAUUCAAUGGAAAGAUCAUCUGCAAUCUUUCCUGCAAGCGGAUAAAACUGUGUUAGGGUUUGAGAUAAUGAUUUCUUGAGUGAUAAUGUAUUAUUACAAGCAAAAAUUUUGUC